AUGCGGUGCUUGCUGCACAGACUAAGCAGCACCGUGACACUUCGUGAGGCGCCGCAGACUUUGGCGCUGGAGGACUGCACCUACAAACUCGGAGACUUUGGACUGGCUGCAUGUGUUAUGCCUGACGAGGUUCUGCUGGACCAAGUCGGUUCACCUUCCACAUCUGCGCCGGAGGUCGUACGUGGGCGUCCUUAUGGAAAGCCUGCCGAUCUGUGGUCCGCUGGAGCAGCCAUCUAUACCCUCCUCGCAGGCCUCAUCCUACCAUCAAAUGGUCAAGGUCAUGAGCAAGGCACGACGAUCGCAACGGAGCGUGCGGUGACGGAGCGUUGGACCCGUCGUUUUUGGUGGGUGAAACAACGGAGGUGGGGCAGCGACGAUUGA